AUGGGUGUUGGACGUACGAAGAAGAAGGACGAUGGAGACAGUAUCGAUCCGUUAGAAGGUGCAACGCCGGUUUCGUAUAGAUCGAGCUUUAGCACCUCCGAGGUUUCGUCGAGCGUGCCUUUUCCUUCUCGCUUUCUCGCCGACCAACAGGUCGUUCAGCACCAAGAGUCCGACCAGCGAUGGCGCACAAGAGCAUGGGAGCACUCGGAGAAUCGCCAGCUCAGCAUCAUUGAUCCAGCAGGAGCAGACUCCUCUCAGGCUCAGCUGCAUUUGCGGAACGGCGCGGAUCGAAUGCUGCAUCACUCCGCGGCUUCAAGCGACCACCGGACACCUCCUACAUUGUUAGCCCAAGAUCAAUGGAACGUGACAUCUGCGCCAAUCGAUCCGCGGCUGCAAGGCACGCGCUUUGGAGGUGAUCCAGGUCCUGCGUCAGCCUGGGUAUCAAAUCCUGGACAUACAGGCUUCGACAACAGCAGUGCUUCCGUAACACCGGGGUCAUCUCCUGGCGCAAUGCUGCCACCUCUGCGUGGGCAAUAUUCCGCAAACUUCCCGGCACAAAACUCGGAUCAUUGGCUGUCCCCUGGCCAUCGAAGCAAGCGAGUAAGACUCAGCCCAGGCGAGGACAGGCCAGUAAUAUCAGCUAGGUCCACCUCUGCAGCGACUGAUGACAACUUGGACUUAUCUAACAGUAGUGGCAUAAAAAGAGGGCUCUUGUCACUUUCCACUGAUCCGCCCACGUCUUUCAGUCCUGUCAGCAGCUCAGUGUUUACGCCAGGAUCUUCUGCAACUACCGAGGAGAUCUACGGACAGUCAAACGCGGCCAGGAUCUCACAGUCCUCUACGGUUCAACCAGAACCUCGGCGAAUGUCGGUUGCAUCACUGCUUUCUGGCCCACCCGGCGAAGGUUAUGCCGCCUCCCCAGAGGCCGCCACCCAUAAACAGCGGUAUCCUCAAGCAAAUACCCGUGACAACACCACAACGUAUGGUUACGAUACCGGCCAACCCGACAUUGAUGUACCCAGAAACGACGAUGUUAAUGCCAUCACACUGUUCAGUCCACCAUUGUCUCGCACGUACUUCGACUUUGACGGCAACCCACUUAGUAAUACGGAUGGCAGCAUUUCCCCGGCCAGGAGCCGCCCGGUUGCGUUCGAAAGAGGCGGCUACUACGCUCAACCGGUGCCUAUCAGGAUAUCUAAGGAGCUAGAACCCCUCCCAUCGAUGCUGCUCGAAAACCCGGUCAAUCUUCUCUAUUUCCAUCACUUCCUUAACCACACAGCGCGUAUCCUCGUCCCGCACGAUUGCGAUCAGAACGCGCUUCGGACAGUGUUACCGCAAAUGGCUGUCAAAGAUCCCAAUCUCCUGUCCCUUCUCCUCGCCUUUAGCGCCUCUCACCGCUCCCGCCUCCUAUCGCACCCCGAGCCCCGCACCCGCAUUGCUGAGUGGGUCCAAGACGUGUUCCCCAAUCUUCGUCAAGCCCUGGCAUCAGAACCCGAAAACAUCACCACCGCUAACCUUACUACCGCCAUUAUGCUCGCCUCAUUGGAGAUCAUUGCACCGAACACGUUCGAAGUGCCGAUCAGCUGGCAGAACCAUCUUGAAGUUGCGCGUCAAAUGAUCAUCGGCAGAGGCGGGCUAGCCAAGGUCAGCAGAAAAGACAAAGUCGCGUACUUCCUCAGCAGAUGGUUCGCCUACCUGGACGUCCUCGGCUCUCUCAGCGGUCGCAAGAACGACUGGCCGCUGAGCAGCGCAUACUGGUCCCAUGACAGCGCGGAAGACGAAGAGGAGGAUCUCCAGAUCGACUGCUUCCUUGGCUUUACUGGCCGCUUCAACGGCAUUCUCGCACGUAUUGCGGAGUUGGCCAAACGCGUUGAACCGCUUCGCAUUGAUGCCGAGAGCAACGAGAUACGGGAACAGUGGCGGCCGGAUGCUGACGUCGACGGGGAAGCGGCGGCCUUGAAAGAGGAGCUGGAGCGCAGCAUGAACGGCGUUUAUCGAGGGUGUUCAUUCCACCAUCAUGCACCAAAUAGUAGCAUUAGCGCCGCUGAAACAGGACCUGGAGCAACCGUGCUUCCUGAUAACGAAGCGGAGGACACGUGGGAUGCCCUCGAACUUCACGCCACUAACAUGGCCUUCCAUUGGGCCGGCCUCGUGCACCUAAACAGACGCGUCUUGAAUCUGCCCUCUUCGGAUCCCACUGUCCAGGAAGCUGUCAGGGAGAUUGUAGGACAACUGUACAAGGUCCGAAGAGGAGGGAACGCAGAGGCGUGUCUGGUGUUUCCAAUGUUCACUGCUGGCGUGGAGAUGAGGUGGGAGCAGUGGGAGGAUAUUCCGCUGGGAAAAGUGAAAAAGAUGGAAGAGUUGAGGGAGAUGAUUGCGGAGAGGUUGGCCGCGCUGGAGGGUGUGGGCAUGGGGCAAGUAAACCGUGCGCGCAUCCUGAUGCAGAAGGUUUGGGAUACUGGGCGUCCUUGGGAGACGCUCAGUAGUGGCGAGUUCUUUGGCUGA